GAGGACGUUACGUUUUCCUUACGUACUUACGACGUUUCGCCAGUUUGGAUAUUUGGCGCGUUUGGCUAACUGCCUGCGCGAGAGGACGGUAAUAAGCAGAGUUCCUGAUUAAAAUUGUAAUUGAUGGUUCAGUUGGAGAUCCUCAAGUAGAGAAUAGCAGACUUUCUGACAGGGAAAAGAUGGAACAUUCUAGUAGGUUGUACUCAGGACCUCUGUCUCAGGCAGCCCAGAAGGUUCUGGUUGCUCUUCGGGCCCAGAGUUCACAUGGAGCCAAACGUAGCCGCAACCAUUAUAAUCCCAGUCAAAUAAUAAAAAGGUAUGGCAGAUCUGGAGAGCCUUGGACACAAAGCAGGAGGGUAAAUCAGGAGGAGAGGAGGGACAGAAGCACAGAUCGGUCCCAAGUGUCCUCCUCUUCCACCUAUCUCCUUGACCACUCCAACUACAGCCAAAGCUUUCAGACUUACUCACAGACACAAGACUGCUCCCUCUCAUCCUUUCCUUCCUCUUACUGGGGUUCCUCCUUCCAAAGGCAGACCUCAGCGACUGAAGGCUUUUAUCAGUGCUCACAGAUGUAUACUCACACAAAUGAUUGUGAGCCUUCUGCUUUCCAAACUAAACCAGCUCUGACAUUUUCUGAACAUGAGGUAUCUGAGAUGGCAGCAUCUUUCUCCCAUGGAGAUGGACAUACUCUGUCCAUCCCAAUACCACAGACAGUUCACGAUGGGGCAGCAUUUUGGAGUAUUCCUAGGCCAGCCAAAACAAUCAAGCCAUCUUUCAACUGUAGUUUUUUACCACACAAUGGAGAUCCCAAUGAGGUACUCAUUCCUACAAUAGAAAAACCUAAUAUCCAUAAAGAAGAGUCCACUUUGGCUUGUCAGACAUAUUCAUCCUGCCUCGAAGUAAGUCCUGACACCAAUAAUGGCACAUCAGCUGCACAGAAGGGCAAAGAGUGGUGGAAUAACCCAAUAAAUGAAGCAGAAUACAGUGGAGCUUUAGACAGUCAAUUAAAGCUGUCUCUGUCUGACCACAACCCCAGUGAGAGGGUAGAAAAUGGAGGCCUAAGUAACCAAACAAAGUCUAAAAUAUUCAGAAAGACACAUUUGAGUUCCUGUGACCUUCUACCAAGACUGGUUACAGGCGUUGAUGCUAAUCCAAUCAGGUCAGGAAGACCUCUAGAAGGGAGGAGUGUGACAGAGCUCAAAGUAAAUUCUGAAAGUGUGACAGGCCACAUGUCAUGCACUGAACGUGAGAUGGAGCCCCCAAAAAAUGGAACUGUGAAGGUGGAGAUGGACAGGAUGUUGCAUGCUGAGAAAAGACCAGCCAUUGAAAUGAAAGGACCUUUAUACCUGGGACUGACUGAGAACAAUAAUUUAAAGAGCAUCUCGUAUUUGGUAACCCCACGUAACAGGGAUAAAAACAGUGACUGUAUAAAUGGGGAAACAGAAAUAAAUGAAUGCAUUGUCAGUGCACGUGGAGCUGAACAUCCAUCAGGCAGUGACAAUAACGUAGCUUUAGCAGGACACAAUUCGAAGAUUUUACCAUCAGUAAUAAGUGGUGAACACAAGGAUCAAAUAGGAGCAUUGGUACAGUGUGAGCCGACCGCAGUUGACCUGCUUGACCCUAAUAACGCAGAGGACAGAGUUGAUGUGAGAGAGAUGAGGGCAAAGGCAGAUAUUGAUAUAGGCACUAAUGAUGUAAUGGAGGCAGAACAAUCACAAUGCUCUGCUGUGAAAGCAACAGAGAAACAAGAUGAUUAUAAAAAGGCCAGUGACUUGCAUGUAGGAAAGAAAGUACAGAGAGAGACUGGAAACAAUGGAGAUGAGCCAGUUAUUUUAGCUGAUAAUGAAAAUCAAAGUGCAACUACAGGGAGAGAAGAUUGUCUCACAUCCCGUGAGUGCAGAGCAAAAGGUUCAGGGAUCGAAGCACUUUGCCUCCGUACCACUUCAGGCCGGCUUGUCAAACAAACCGUGUGUGGUUUUGUCUGGAACACAGCACUGAAGACUGCUAAUGGAUACAUCAGAGAGGGGGAGCCCACGUGUGGAAGACAGAAUCCCUCUUCAGAGAAGGACACAAGCUCAGCCGAAAAUAAACUAAGUGGAAACCUGAAAAAUAAGUUCCCCGCUUCUCCAAAUACAUUACGUCACGCUGACGUGGUCCCCUUGUUUCCUCUGAAGAGAAAGCAUGAAGUGCUUCAAGACCAAAAUGUGAACAAUUUUCAGUGGGAACCUUUUCUUUCCUCACAAGAAAAUACAUGGAAGGGAGAAGUCCAUAAGUGGACCACAGCUGGAGCCAAAAUCUCCACCCCUGAACACCUAACACCUGCAUGUGAAUCAGAACUAGCAGUAGAGGUACGUACAAAUCCAUGUGUACCACAACAAACCCAACAAAGGACGAGUAAGACCAAUCACAGGUGCCUGAAACCUGCUACAAGUCCUUUUGAACUGACCCAAUGUUCUAUGGCCUGUGGAUCAUAUAAGCAAAACAAUUUUGAACCAGAGGAUGCCAACAAAUCACAGACAUACCAAAAAGAAACGACCACUGGUAAAACUCAGGCCCAGUUCACCGCAGGUUGCCUUGCUCCAGCUGUAAUAUCUGACCCUAGAAUAAGGAAUUCGGGGAAGUUGAACUCAGAUGAGAAGAUGCAAUUGCUUCAUGAGGUUUUGAAAGCCGAAGCACUGGUGUUAACCAUGAUGUACCAGGACGGAACUACUCAGUUAGAUCCAGAACAGAAAUCUACUCCAGUGUGUGGCCUCCUCGUACUGAUGAAGCAUGAUCUGGACAGCAGCACACUAGGCAGCUCUCGCAGAGCAAAAGACAGUGUGGUCUUCUUAAAACUAGAGCAAACGCCCAAAUGGGCCCAGCAAAAUGCACAUGACAGCCAGAAGCUCUUUACCAGAGAUGUGCUGCUACAGGUAUUUUCAAGAUCUCAACUGGUGAUAUGCUAUAAAGCCAAGGAUUUGCUUCGCACAGCGUUGCAAUUUUACAAGGAAGAGUUGAACUGGAAACAAGUGGCAGGCUGUCACAUCCAGGACCCACAGGUGUCAGGAUGGCUGCUGGAUCCUGCAGAUCCCUCGUCUUGCUACCAGGAUCUUCUCAAUAAACAUUGCAAAAGGACUUCAUUUAAAAUACCUGUCCUGGGUCCGAAGAAGGUCUUCUCAAGUCUCACUUCCCUCUACUGGCUUAACAAGGAGCUAUGCUCUAAAUUACAGAACCAGGGCCUGUGGGACCUUUACUCAGACAUGGAGCAGAAUAUGAUCCCUGUUUUAGCAGCAAUGGAGAGCCACUGCAUCCAUGUGGACAAAGAAACACUGAAGAGAACUUCAGAUCUACUGGGGACUAAGAUGAAGCAGUUGGAACAGGAGGCCCACCGAGCAGCCGGACAAAUAUUUCUAAUCACCAGCAACUCUCAACUGCGAACAGUUCUAUUUGACAAGCUUCGCCUCCACGAGCGCUGUGAGAACAAGAAACUUCCCAAGACCAGCAACAAACAGCAGCAGUCAACAUGUGAAGCCACAUUGUUGCAGCUUCAGCAUCUGCAUCCUCUGCCAAAGGUCAUCCUGGAGUACAGACAGGUUCACAAAAUCAAGUCCACCUUUGUUGAUGGUAUUCUGUCCUGCAUGAUGAGCAAGAGCUAUGUUUCUUCUUCAUGGUACCAGACAAGUGCUGUGACUGGCAGAAUCUCAUCCAAACAACCAAACUUUCAGGCCCUGCCCAAGCAGCCACUUCAAAUCACCAGGAAACAGAGCAUCCAAGGAAAGGAGGAGGAGGUGGUGACUGUUCAUCCUCGGGCUGUGUUUAUUCCUCAGGAAGGUUGGAGCUUUCUUGCUGCAGACUUCUGCCAGGUGGAGCUGCGUCUGUUGGCUCACCUCUCCUCUGACCCUGAACUGCUCCGCGUUUUUACCAACCUCCAGGCGGACGUCUUUACCAUGUUGGCCUCUCAGUGGAAAGGGAUAGGAGAGGGCGAGGUGACAUCUGAGGACCGGGACCAUGCCAAACGCAUCGUCUAUUCUGUUGUGUAUGGGGCAGGUUGUAAGCGUUUGUCUGGGAUCCUGGGGGUGAGUGCUGAACGGGCAACCCAAUUCCAGGACAGCUUCCUGCAGACCUACAAAGAAGUUGAGGCCUUUAUCCACAGAACCAUCCAGCUGUGUCACAAACAAGGUUACGUCCGAUCCAUCAUGGGUCGCCGGCGGACCCUUCCCAACAUCAACUCUCCAGACUGGGCCGUACGCAUGCAGGCAGAGAGGCAGGCAGUCAACUUCGUGGUACAAGGUUCAGCUGCUGACCUUUGUAAAAUGGCUAUGAUCAGAAUCUUCAACCUGGUCUCCUCCUCCAGUGCACUCUCUGCCAGAUUGGUAGCACAGCUUCAUGAUGAGCUUCUGUAUGAAGUGGAGGACUCACAGGUGGAAGUCUUUGCAGCCUUGGUGAAGAGUACCAUGGAGUCCAUGCAGCAUAUUGAUCGAUUUGGUGUCCAUCUCAAGGUGAAAGACUGGAACCUCUGUUUAAAUUCAUUCAGAAGUACAGUAGUUUGUCUGUCACAAGGUGAAAUGCAGUGGGUAUCACACAGGACAGUAGAUUUAGGGGUUUAAGCUUUUCAUCCUAUGUGUAAUAUUCCCCCACAUAGAGCUAAUAUUGUUUGGAAGCACCAUUGGUUUUGUGGGCAUUCUUGUAUUGACCUACUGACAUCCUCAGUUAUCCUAUGCAUGUGUGUUUUCCAGGUCCCCCUGAAAGUAGCAGUUUCUAGUGGCAAGUCUUGGGCAUCUAUGUCUGAGCUUAACAUCCCUUCAACGUGUCCUAUUUCUUGUCUUUAAGUCCUUCUUACUCCUUUCAAAGCCGCUCUUGCCACUUCCACCACCAGCCCACCCCUGUGUCUGCUUUUGUUUUAUCAUCAAUAGUAGUAUUCAUCGCUCUCCAUCUGGGUGUGUUCUCAUCUUUCUGCCUUCUUCAGUUUCUUACACUCUUUCCCUCUGUCUUCCCUGGUCCGGCAUCCACAUCACUAUGGAAACCACGCAGCUGCAGCUGCGUCCAUCUCUCUGUUCUUGCUUUUACUUCAUCCGUAUCCGGGGGCAACGGCUGGAUCCACAGACUGGAUUGCACCAUUUUUUCCCCUCCUCAUUUAGAAAAAAUAUGAUUCUAUGUCUUCCACCUCGCUUUUACAUUCCCUUAACACUGAUUUUUUUUGUGUGUUUAAAAAAGCAGUUUCUAUGAAUUGGUUCAUGAAGUAGUUUAUUACAGUUUUGUAAUGAUUUAAAGGCUGAGCUAUUUUUUAAGUGGUUUAUUCCAUCUGGAUAAACCUUUAUUUAGUUUGGGUGCUUAAAAAUACAAGACAAGAUGAUGCAUUUUAAAGUUUGUGUGUUAACAGUAUUCAAUAGUGUUUAAGUUCCUCAAGUUAAUUUCCAUGUUAAAUUUUAAAGCAUUUGUAGAAUUGGUGCCUACCUACAGUAUGCACCUGUAUUUUUGUAUUGUAUUAUUAUUGUUGUUGAUUUAAGAGGGACUUUGUGUAAAGAUAGACAUUUCAUUAUUUUAUUGGGAUAACGCCAUAAUAUGUCAGCUCUUCGCUAAAUAAACUCCACUUUUGUGUUUGUUA